AUGCUGGUCGCCCGAAUUGUGGUUUGGUUGAGUCUUCUGGUGUUCCUAUCGCGGACAGAAGAAUUGCCGACGACAUCAUAUGUUAAAUUAGAGAAGUAUUCAAACAGUCCAGGAAUCGAUACGGUGGUCUACAUCGACGAAGCUGUGCCUACGGAAGAAGUGACCAUUUUACCUGGACUUAAGGGCGUAUUGGAAGACAUUAGAAAGAUUGAUGCUUCAUUCGAGCAGAAGACAAGUGUACAUCCCGCGACCUUCCCAGACAAUAAAACAAUUGAGCGAAUCAUAUUCUCACCGACCGGCCGACUUGAUUCGGAUGUCGCCGACUCACGGUCCAUCUACGAAGCUGCCCGUGAUGCACUCAAAAUGGGCUACAAAGCUGGUGCCAACAAGACUCUCCUCCUUAUCGGCAAAAUGGAAAAAGCUCCCAAGGAUUACAACCAGGAACCAUGGGCGGAACCAAAGUACAGAAACCUCCAAGCCCUGCUGGGUGCCCUCUAUGCACUUUACGUGGUGAGUUCAUUGUGCACCAUGCAUUUGAUUUAG